GAAGAAAGAGAGAAAGAGAGAAAGAAAGAAGAAGAUGGGAAGGGGUAGGGUUGAGCUAAAGAGGAUAGAGAACAAGAUCAACAGACAAGUAACCUUUGCCAAACGAAGAAACGGUCUCUUGAAGAAAGCUUAUGAACUUUCUAUACUCUGUGAUGCCGAGGUAGCUCUCAUCAUCUUCUCCAACCGAGGAAAACUCUAUGAGUUUUGCAGCAGUCCCAGCAUGCUGAAAACACUCGAAAGAUAUCAAAAGUGUAACUAUGGCGCACCGGAACCAAACGUUUCGACUAGGGGAUCUCUGGAAUUGAGUAGUCAACAAGAAUAUUUGAAACUCAAACAACGCUAUGAAGCCCUACAAAGAACCCAAAGGAAUCUUUUGGGGGAGGAUCUCGGUCCUUUAGACGGCAAGGAACUCGAUGCAAUCGAAAGACAACUCGACGCGUCAUUGAAGCAUAUCAGAUCAACACGUACACAAUAUAUGGUUGACCAACUCGCGGACUUGCAAAGGAAGGAGCAUAUCCUCAAUGAAGCAAACAGGGCCUUGAAACAAAGGCUGUUGGAAAGUUCAUUCAAUUGGAUGCAAAAUGGGCCAGAUGUGGAUUAUAGUGGGCAGGCUAUUCAGCCCAAUGGAGAUGCCUUCUUUCAUCCAUUGGACUGUGAGCCCACCUUACAAAUGGCAAUGGGGUAUCAUACACAUGAUCAUGAUCCAACAAUAGUGGAAGUUGCUGGGCCAAGUAUGAACAACUAUUUCCCAGGAUGGCUGCCAUGAAAUCAUGAUUCAUGAUCCAACCAAGCCAAUGCAGAUGAUUCUAAUCAAAUAUUGGAACAUAUAUAAUUGUGUUCCUUAAUUAGCUAAACAUAUAUUCUUCAUUUCUGUCUUUUUCAUAUGUAGAAUAUCUUGUUGCCACAAUCAAUUAGUAUUACUACUGUUCAACCUCCACUAGAAUAUCUUCAUGUGGUCUACAAUGGAUAUCCAAGAAUCCACAAUCUAUAUA